AUGCCGCCCGUCUGCCUGCGCGGCAGCGAGAGCGGAGCGCCAUGCUUGUCCCUCGCAAUCGGGACGGAGAAGAAGGAGAGGCGGUCGUCGAAAAAGGACAAGCACACGCACAAAAAGGAGCACAAGCACCACCGCUCUCGCGCCGCGCCGGAGGCCGCGCCUUCCGACGAGGACGGCGCUCCGGGGCCGCCGCCGCUGCCUCGCUUCUGGAGCGACAGCGCCGCCGCCGCCGCCGCCGCGGACAGCGUGCGAGCGCUCGCCGCCGGCCAGCCCGAGGGUGCGGCCGGCGUGCUGGCGCUGCUGAGGACGCUGGAUCGCGGCGAGGCGCUCGUCCUUGGUGGCGAAGGCGGCGAGCAGGGCGGCGGCGGGCCGGACGCGGCUCUGUCGGCGCUGCUCCGCCGGCUGAGCGACGCGCUGGGGCUGCAGCGGACGCCGCUGCCUUCGGGCGACGUUGCCUUCCUCAAGGGACCGGGUCAGCCGCCGCUGGAGGGGGCCUUCGCGCCGGUGCUCGGUCAAGACGAGGGCGGCGGCGCUGAGGGCGGCGGCGCCACCUCUGCGGCCGGCCGCCUCGGGCCUGCCGAGGAAGCGGCGGCACGGGAGGGGGCGCAAGGGGCGGAGGCGGGCGGCGGGGCGGAGGCAGGCGGCGGGGCGGCGCCGGCGCCGGCAGGGCUGACCGAGUACCUUCUCGCCCAGGAGCCGGCGCCGUGGUGGCAGCGCGCGGCCGAGCCGCCAAAGCCGCCUCCGCCGGUGGGGGCGGAGGGGCCGCCCGCCGCCGCCGCGGGUCGGGAGGCGUGGAUGACGUCGCUCCCCGCGGACCGGCACGGGCUGGGCGGCGCGGCGCAGGCGGGGCCGCGCCAGUUCGCGCGCGACGAGCGCGAGGUGUUCGGCGGCACCGACGCGAGCUGGACAGCGGCGCCGCGGUCCGAGGAGGGGGCAGGCGACGGGGCCGGGGGCGGCGGCGGGCCCGCCCGGAUCGGGAUGAGGGAGGAGCCGGACGCCGGGCGGCCGAUGAGCUUGGCCGAGGCUGCCGCGCUCGCGAGGGCAAACGCGGCGGCGGGCAAGCGGCCGCAGCCUCCGUCGCGGGCGACGGCGGCCGGGGUGGCGGGCGGCGAGGGGGCGGGCGGCGAGGGCGCAAAGUCGCUGGUCGACGUGCACAAGGAGCUCAAGGCCAAGGAGAAGAAGGCCAAGAAGGGCGGCGCCGAGUGGGCGGGGUCGCACCCGUGGAAGCCGUGGAACCGCGAGACGGACCUCGACAUCCGGCAGGUGCAGCCCAAGGGGAUCGACUCGGUGCUCAAGAACCAGCACAUGGGCGAGCUGAGCAGCCGCUUCGGCUCCUCCUCGAGGGAGACCACCUUCAUGUAG